GAGUCGAAAUAAUGAAUCAAUACGAAGAUAAUAAUGAUCACAACUAUGAAGUUGGAAUGACAUUGCUCCCACCCACAAGCUCUAUUAAAGUGAUGGAAGAAUAAGAAUAUUACAAGAAGAGAGUAUCAUGCAUGUAUUUGUGGUGCUCCAUUUUCUAUCGCUUUGAAUCAGAAUUGAUUGAUGUUACAAUCGCGCCUAUUAUCAUUCGUAGUUCAUAUUAUUCCUCAAAGGAUAAGAAGAAGCUAACGCAAAGCUGAUCGAAGCUUAUAUAAGAUAGUUGUAGCUUGUUCUUGUUCAUAUUAGCAAGAACCAUCUGAUUGAUCCUUAAACCCCAAAUGUCACAUUUCAGCUUUCUAGGGUUUCACUAUGGCUCUUCCAUGAGAAAGUCUCGUAACAAACCAGCUCCCCAAUUGAGUAAUGUCUCCAAAGAGAGACAGAGGUCUAGCGUAUCAAGCAGGUCUUCAUCCCAGCCAAAAAUGGAGGAGAUAAGAUGGGUGUUUGAUAAAUUUGACACCAACAAAGAUGGGAAGAUCAGCCGGGAGGAGUACAAGUCGGUGCUGAAGACCCUCGACAAAGAAAUGACAGAAGCUGAGAUUGCCAAGACAUUCAAGGCCCUUGAUUCUGACGGAGACGAUUCCAUCGGCUGGACGGAGUUUGUGGAAAUGUUCAACAUGGGAGCUGAUGAGGUUAAAAAGGCUGACAUUGAAGGCGCUUUUCGGGUGUUUGAUUUGGAUGGAAAUGGGAAGAUAAGCGCAGAGGAGUUGUCUCUUAUUCUCAAGAAGCUGGGAGAGAAUUGCAGCCUUGGAGCUUGUAAGAAAAUGGUGAAAGGGGUGGAUAUUGAUGGUGAUGGUUUGAUAGAUUUAAAUGAGUUUACCAAAAUGAUGGGAAGCUUCAAGAAACAGAGUACUUGAAAAGAGAUCCUUGUUCGUUUGGUACUCAACUAUCCCUGGAGGGCUUAGGUUUCUUGUGUUCUAUAUAUAUAUACUCUUGUUUCUAAUACUCACAAGUAUAUAUGCAAGAGGAAUAAAUAGAAGUAGAUCUUUCAUCCAUGGCAUUUCGUAUCGAGCGUGCCAAUCCUAAGCAUUUAGUAAUACCAUGUCAAAUCAAUUG